AUGGCGGACGGGGUGCUGAGCGCUGGCGUGAACCUGGAGGCCUUCGCGCAGGCCAUAGCCGCCAUCCAGGCGCUGCGCUCCAGCGUGACGCGGGUGUUCGACUGCCUCAAGGAGGGCCGGCGGCACAAGGAGGCCGUGGAGGGCCGCGAGAAGGGCUUCGCCGCCAACUUCCAGGAGAGCCUCCACUCCGUCAGCCGGGACUUGGGGGAGUUGGAACGCUUGAGUAACCUGGUGGGAAAACCAUCCGAAAAUCACCCCCUCCAUAACAGCGGCCUCUUGAGUCUCGAUCCUGUCCAGGAUAAAACACCCCUUUAUAGUCAACUGCUCCAGGCCUACAAAUGGUCAAAUAAGGUAAAUCAUCCGUGGCUUGAUCCUUAA